AUGCUGGUGUCGAGAGGAUUCCUGAACGGGUUUCUCUUGUUUCUGUCUCUUUUAUGCGUCAUCUCUGCCUCUAGUGCACAAGUUUGUGUCAGCGAUAACAGCUGUAGCGCAGAGUUGCUAGAAGAAGACCAAGAUGCUCAUUUAGAGGAAACUUUGGAAGCGUUGUUAAGUUGGAUCAGAGAAAAGGGAGGCAUUUUCAACCCUAAACUAGAAAUCCGCGCAAUGGCGAUUGAUGAAGACAUCGAUGAUCUUCUGUUUAAGUUUCAUUUGGAUCAGAAGAAACAUGCUGAAGAAUCAGGUGAAACACAACCUGAGAAAGAACACAAGCCCCACCUUUCUGAGGAUGGAGACGAGAUUGAACCAACUUAUCAGUUUGGAAUCUUUGUGAGGGAAAAUGAAGUGAUCGAAGAAGGAGAAGAGCUGCUGCUGAUCCCUGAAAGUGCUAUGAUUAUCUCUGAUGUCAAGAGCCUCGCUUUCGAAGAUGACAUUUGUCUAUUGGCGGAUGAGCUUGCGGGUGAGCGCUUUGCACACGAGGACGGAAAUAGCGAGUUUGGACCAUACGUGCAGUUCUUGGAAGAAUAUGUGGUUGGAGAAGUUUUCUUACCAAUGUCUUGGUCUCAAAGCGGAAAAAACAUUUUGGCGCAUGUUGUUCCUGAUGACUUUUUUGAGGAUGUUAAGGAAUAUCAGCACUGUCUCAAACAUGAGGUUGAUGGACAGGAGAUUCCUCACAAGGAAUUCCAAACCUUCCCCCUGCACUAUGAAGAGUCUAUCGAAGUUGCGUUAUCCAGAACUCGUCAGAAUAUCAAGCUCGUUCCACUGUACGAUAUGGUCGCUCAUUCCAACAAUAUCAAUCAGAUUAAUGUCGCCGCGACUUUCCCUAAGAAAGAUGACGAAGACGACGAGACACUUUCGCUCAAAGCCACUCGUAAAAUUGAAUCGAAUGAGGAGCUCAAGUUCUCUUAUGGAUUGGGCAUGGCGGAGCAAGACCAAUGGCAGGGUGUGAUGCAAUUCGGUAUCGGAACAGCCGAACUAUUCAGAGAUCAUGGCAUCAUAGAGGAUUAUCCCCAAAGAUGGUUCUUUCCAGCGCAUUUCAUUGACUUUUCCAUUGUUGCGAUGGACCUCGAGGAUGGUAAGACAACCUUUGGAAUAGGGUGGAACUCCGAAGUGCGCCCGGACGAUGACGCCAUCUAUACUCUGGAACAGUUGUAUCAACGUCUCUUUGCCCUCAAGGCAGGUAUGGACAACUGGGAAUUUCCAGAACAUCAACCUGCAUACGUAGUUGGAGUCAAUCCAAGGGAAGUGAAGCGAACGUAUGACUUCCUUUGUAAUUAUAUCCAUGUUGUGGAAUUGCUACUUCUCGAGAAUCGGGAAAGACGGGGCGAAGACGGUACACCCUACCAAUUGCAAGAAGAAAGAGUACUCAUUGAUAACAUGGACAAUCUUUAUUUCCAGGUCUAUCAGAGUAACAUCAUGUCCAAACUGAAGGACACCAACUUUACGCAGAUUGAAAGCGUGAGAUCAGCUUAUCAGAAAAUCGAUUACUACAAGGACCCAUUGACGAAAGAUCGGUGUCUAUACCUUGAUGGGGUUUACCAACAAUGCAUUUCGUACUGGCCACAUUAUCACGAACUUUGCGUCCACAAACCUGCCAAGUACGUCAAGGAAGGCCUCAAGCGAGUUCUCUGGGUCGGGGGCGGAGAUUCUGGUGUUCUUAACGAAUUUCUCAAAUAUCCUACUUUGGAACUUGCCGUCGGACUCGAAUUGGACCAGCAAGUCACAAGAUCGGCGUUCAAGCACUUCGGUUCGCGGCCCCAUUACGAUGACCCAAGAGUCCAGUGGUGGUACGGUGAUGCUUCCAAGUCAUUGUUGAUGCUUCCCGAGGACUAUUUCGGUUCCUUCGAUUUGGUGAUUGUGGAUUUGUCGGACACUGUCUUUUCACUAUCAGUUUCAGCAGAGCUGGAUGUGAUUGAAGCCAUCAGUCUAUUGCUUCGGCCGGGUGGCAUAUUUGAAAUGAAUGAAUUGUUCAUGAAGAAGGUCAGCAAGGUAUUCGAGUAUGCUGUGCACUAUCAAUUCAACGAUGUUCCAAGGAUUUUGGAUCAAGCUGCUAUUUUUGCCAGUAACGAUGUCGAUUUUAUGUCUCAAGCUCCAACCGAACACAAACUAGUGGACGAUGCAAAUCUAUUGGUAGAAAAGGACAGCAUGUUGUCCGAACAUCAAUUCCACCGUGUCCAUGACUACCGACACAAUCCGUAUCCAGCAUUCAAGAAACUGUGCACGAAGCUGCAAGGUGCUGUCGACAAGGAACCAGACGAUGAUAAGCCUCAGACGACGGCUCCAGGUAUCAUGAUGAUUGUAGAAGCGGAAAGCUUGACUGCUGAUCUCUCCUCGCCAUCAAAUGUUCGCAGUUUCAUUGUUGAUGCUAUCAAGGGCGUAGGCUUGACCGUGGUCUCCGACAACUCUUCUAUAUCGUCGAAGUCACCCUGGUUUGUGAUAAUGAUGAAGGAAGGAUAUGCUGUCGUUCGAUUAUGGUCGAAGGAAAAGUAUUGUGCUUUGGAUAUUCACCUGUGGAGUGCAUUCGAUAGUCACGAUAGUCUGAAGGAAGCCAUUGUUGUCAAGGCAUUGGGCGGAGACAUAGUUCACAAAUCUACUUCGUCGUAUCGCAUCGUGGCAGGAGGAAUGUUUGGAUUGUCCAAUUGGAAGGAGGAAGCCAAAAAGCACGGGCCACAACUUGACAACCUCUGCGAGGAAGAGAAGGAACCAAUUCGGGAUCAAGCAUCUCCCGUUGAAGUCUACCUGGAAGCGAUGGAGAUGAGUCUUGAUAUCAUGCAAGGCAGUGGCUUGACAGCUGCCGUACUCUGCGGUUCCAAAGAAACAAUGUGUUCCACUCUUAAUGUGGUCAAGGUUGGUGAUCGGUUCUCUAAAGUGAUUCCAUUGUACGAUGCCGAGGAAAAGGAUAGCGCAGAUCUCAGACAAGCUACAUUGGAUCUGACCAAAGAAACGAUUGAAUCAGAUCUCCCGGACGAGGCAAUCGUUGAUGCUAUCUUUUUCGACUUUGAAGCCACUGUUCUGGCUAACGACAAAAUCAACAUGCUUCUCCAUGGUGAGCACACAGACCUACAGAAGAUCUUUUUGACAUCGACUACCGAUUCAGUACUCGACAUUUGGAAGCGACGAGCCCUGAGUACCAUGAGAGAUCAAAUUGUGUUGGAGCCAGUUUAUCGCGCUCAGUUCCUCUUCAAUACAACAUCAAGUAGCCUCGAGCUCUCGAUCACUGCAUCGGGCGACACAAUGCACAUGGAACAUAUCAGUGAAGCUGUAGCAGCGCAGCAAAAGAAGUCUUCCACCUCAACUGUGGAGAUUCGAAACAUUCUUGGUGGCAAUUGGCGAGAGCCGCUUGAUCCUAUUUACACGACGGUUAAUGUCACAUUCUCGGCGGUGAAAGAAGACUACGAUCAUACGGAUUCUACCGAACAGUGGUCUUCUCAAAGUCCUGUGGCCGUACAGACAUUAUUGCAAUUCUCUAACAUGGUGGAUGGAACGGCCACGUUAUUGAAGAAAAAUGAUUUGGUAGCUGCCUGCAAGGAAGUUUUUGGAACAAGAAUAGGGGCCUCGAUGACUGUAUACGAUGACUUUGGGGGAGAUGGUGCCAUCUGCGCAGGUACUUGGGAAACAGGAACUGCUGUUGUAUCUUGGGACGGACGAUAUGGAGUUGAUUUGAACAUAUUCAGCACAUUGGAGAAAGAUGAGCUCAAUGCUUUUGAAAGCGACAUCAAGGCGAGAUUGACAAAUCUUGGAGGCUGGCUUCGUGAUAUUCAGCCAAGAGGAUAUGGGCGUGUGGUGAACUUCAAAGAUGCCAAAAAGCCUGGAGUAUCGAGUUUGUUUGUCGAUGCAUAA